CCGUGCAUUUUUCCAGCGCUAUCACAGCCUGAUAGGAGGUCCCGGGUCAUGUGACGGGAAGCGGAGCAUUUUCAGCUGAAAACGAGCUAGGAUAGUCGGGAAUCGCAUAUCCAGGAGUUAAUCCCGGUAUGGGGGACAUGAAGACCCCAGAUUUUGAUGACCUGUUGGCAGCAUUUGAUAUUCCUGACAUAGAUGCCAAAGAGGCCAUCCAGUCUGCCCCAGAUGAGGCAGAGGGGCCCCACGGAGCGGCGAGUGCACCUCUGGGAAAGCCGGAUAGUGUGGUGGGCGUCGGGUCAUCCUUGAGACCACCGAGUCCCUCAGACCCUCAGGCAGACACCUCUAUUGUGAGUGUGAUUGUGAAGAAUAAAGUGCGUCUUGAGGCCGUAGAUGGCGGGGAGGCAGACACAGACCAGGACCCUAUCGAUGUGAUUGCAGGGGUCGAUGUGGGUCCCAGGCUUGGCGCUUGUGCUCCUGGGAUGGCUGAAUCUGAGGCGCUCAACCACAACGGUUUUGCGGCGUCUGGUGUCUCUACGCCGCUUCCCCUGAGCCAGACUCAGUCUAACGGUGCGCCGUGGUCCAUGAACACUCCCAAAGUGUCUUCAGAAGCAGCAGGUGCCAGCACAGCCAAGUCCCACAAGCAGGGUGGAAACAUAUUCAACAGACUCAAACCGCUUGUGGCACAGGGGUCUGGAGAUCCGGUGGGUCGGGCCAGAAAGAUGCAGCUUCUACAGCAGCAGCACCAGCAGCAGCAGGACACAGGCCAAGAGAGAGCAGAUGGGGUCAAGGCGUCGUUACCUUCAUCUUCCUCUCUGUCAGCUGGAUCGUCUCCUCACGCUGCUGGUGGAACCGUCGGACUAGCUUCGCCUUUCUUUCCACCCUCCAAACCUCUGCUUUCAACUCCACCCUCUGCACCUUCGUCUCACCCGCUGCACACAUCUCAGCCUUUCAAUGGAGCACCCAAAGGCGGCUCUGCCGGAUUUCAACACCAGCAGAUGGAGGAGGAUGAUUCUGACCCUGACAUGGGGAGUCCACUGGUGAUCCAGGAGAACCCAGAUUCUCCAACCCGCACUCAGCUCAGCCGACGUUACAAGCCUGACUCUGUUGCAGCGCAGCCCUCCUCCUCUACCGCAUCUCAGCCUAAACCUGGGGACACUCCUUCAGGGGCAUCUCUGGCUUCAUCAACACCCCAGUCUGGCUCCACAGAGAGUCCCCAGGUGGAGGACAGACACCCAGAACAUGUCAUAGAAGAGAGAGACUCACCAGAAAGCCCUGAACCAGAGGUGCCAAAAUCAACAGCUCAGGGCACGGCUAAGAGGUGCUCCAGCCCUGCAGUAGCCUCCACUCCACCUCCCUCUGAACUACGGGAGCCUAAAGAGGAGGAGGAAGAGAUGGAGGUGGGGAAUGGGAUCGACAGGGUUGUUGAUGGCAAAGCUGACAAGGGAGAAAAUGCGAAAACAGGUGAGGAAAAUAUGGAGGUGGGCGAUGGCAAGCCUAAACCCCCAACGACUGAAGGUGGAGAAGCAGGCAUCGUCGCACCGGCUGCCUCUGGAGCUCCAUCCCGACCCCUCAAAGUCAGAAUUAAAACAAUUAAAACCUCCACAGGUGGAAUUACCAGAACUGUCACGAGGGUAGCACCUAAAGGUGGUGCUGCGGGGAAAGGCCUGGACCCUAAAGCUCAGACUGGGGAACGGAAGGUGUUGGGAAACAAGGCCCAAAAACUGGAGGCUUCCCCUGGUCACAUGACGACAACCUCCCAGAAAGUAAACGCUCUCAACGCUCUGCCUGUGUCUACGCUGGCAGCCAGCAGCGUCAUGCUAGCAGCUGCAACCAAGGUCCAAAACAAAAUGGCUGCAUCAGACAAAGCAAAGGUUUCCGCCACCGCAGUCAGCAUCACUAAAUCUGCUGCUCUGCCUGUAACUCCCGCUGUCGCCUCCUCCCCGAAGUUCUCAGUCGCUGCCGGUGGGAUCAGCGUACGCACAGCUACUAACAAAACAGCUAACGGCGGUAGCGGCACCAUCAUAGGCGGCACCCUUCAGUCAAACAAACCCGCCUCCAUCGUCAACAGCACAGGAGCCGUCAUCUCCCGGAGUCAGUCGAGCCUGGUGGAGGCUUUUAACAAAAUCCUCAACAGCAAAAACCUUCUGCCGAGCUACAAGCCCGACCUGUCGGCUCCUCCUCCACCUGAGUGGGGUCUUCCUCUCCCAGCCACAGGGUACCGCUGCCUGGAAUGUGGAGACGCUUUCGCUCUGGAGCGCAGCCUGGCACGACACUACGACCGGCGGUCCCUCCGCAUCGAGGUGACCUGCAACCACUGUGCUAAAAGGCUGGCUUUCUUCAACAAGUGCAGCCUGCUGCUGCACGCCCGGGAACACAAGGAGCGUGGGUUGGUCAUGCAGUGCUCACACCUGGUCAUGAGGCCCGUCACUGUGGAGCAGAUGAUUGGACAGCAGGACAUUACGCCCAUCGGUGGCCUGCUCUCCUCUUCGUCCUCCUCUCCUCCAGUAUCCUCUCCUUCGACCACACCCGGAGGCCCCGCCGUCUCUGCCAACUCCAGCCCCAUGAAGGACACUUCAUCAACAGCAGCAGCUCAGCCUCGACCUGUCCGCCGAGCACCUCAGGGCCCCCAGGCGCUGAUGCCUCUGCCCUGCAAGAAGGCCGAGGGGCUGCAAUACAACAACUUCAAAUGCCCUGAGUGCCAAACACAGUUCUCUGGCAAGGCCGAGCUGGUUACUCACUUCCAGCAGAUCAGAGCUGCUCCCAACUCAACGUGUACGCAGUGCUCGCCUCCCAUGAUGCUCCCCAACUCGUGUGCCGUGUCCGCCCACCAGAGGAUCCACAAACACAGAGCGCCUCACGUCUGUCCUGAGUGUGGUGGGAACGCUCGGCAGGCCAGCUUCCAGACUCACCUGGAGGAGGCCUGUCUGCACUUUGCCAGACGCAUCGGUUACAGGUGCUCGAGCUGCCAGGUCGUGUUCGGAGGGUUGAACUCUAUUAAGUCCCACAUUCAGACUGCUCACUGCGAGGUCUUCCACAAGUGCCCCAGCUGCCCCAUGGCCUUCAAGUCUUCCCCCAGCGCCCAGAGCCACAUCAGCACCCAGCACCCGACGCUCACCGGAGGACAGGCCAAAAUGAUCUACAAGUGUGUGAUGUGUGAUACAGUUUUCACCCAAAAACCUUUGCUGUACAUGCACUUUGACACUCAUUUAGCCAAACAAAAAGUGCACGUGUUCAAGUGUCCUGACUGCACCAAGCUGUACGCCCAGAAGGGUUCCAUGAUGGAGCAUAUCAAGACCGCUCACAGAGGCCCUUCAGCCAAACAGGAGUCCCAGUCCGACUCCUCUAACCCUGCCUCAGCCCCGGCCAACACCUCCGGUCCCUCCGGCCUCAAGUCAAAAUCCUCCGGAAAACCCGACAACUCUGACGGCGAGGACUGGGGCCGGGAGCAGGAGGAGGAGGAAGAAGAGGAGGAGGAGGAAGAAGACGACGACGGGGACGAGGACUACGAAGCUCCGGGUCACUCCACCCCCGCGGGGGGCAGCAGUCAUCCAGCCGCCCAGACCGAGUGGACCUGCCCUCAGUGUCAGGCCACCUACACAGACAACGAAGACUAUCUGAGUCACGUGAAGAUGGAGCACGGCAAGUUCCCCUGUCGCAUUUGUGGAGGAACAUUCAGCACAUCUUCCAGCCUGAGACGUCAUGAGCGCGUCAUUCACGAGGGCAACAAAAGAGUCUUCCAUUGCCAAUAUUGCACAGAAGGCAAACGCACCUUUGGCAGUCGGUUCUUGCUGGACAAACACAUUCGGCUCCAUCACAGAACCCCAGAUGGACAGGGUCCCCCCAUGACCAGGAAGCGAGCAGCCACAGGGGGAGAAGGUCCAGGCAGCUCCUCAGAACAAGACGGUGAAGUCGGUCCUCCUGUGACCCGAGCAGGAGACGAGGAAGAAAACACCACAGAGGACAGCGCCGGUCCAGCUAAAAGAACCAGGGCGUCUAUCGCGUCGACCUCGCUGGGGCCCGAGUUAGAGGAAGAAGACAACGUUUUCCGUUGUGUCCCCUGCGGCUUCUCCACAGAGGACGGCGCCGAGUUCCAGCGCCACAUCCCCCAGCACCGCGGCGACACCGCCUCCUUCCAGUGCCUGCAGUGCGGCGUCUGCUUCGCGUCGGCCGGCUCUCUCAGCAGGCACCGCUUCAUCACCCACCGAGUGCGGGACACCCAGACCGACGCCGACCGCAGCACCCCCCGCGCCCACGGCUCCCCGGACGGCUCCCCCGCCGCCUCCCCCCAGGCUCAGGGUGAGGACGGGGACGGGAAUCUGAGCUGCAGGGUGUGCGGCCGGCGUUUCGACAAGGCCUCGGACCUCAACACCCACUUCAGGACCCACGGCAUGGCCUUCCUCACCGCACACAAGACGGACAAACCCCAGUAGAGGAGGAGCCGGUGGUCUGACUGAUCGUCGGGAAUGACGACUGAGGAGAGAGAAGCUGUAGAAUACGAAUGUUGAUGAAACUGAGCUGCUCCUGCGCAGUUUUUGUUUUUUUAGCCACCACAAACCGUUUUACUCUCUAUGGCACCUCUUCUGUGCGAUUGUAACUGCAUGUUUGAUCAUGUUUCUGGUCACUUAACUGAACUCACCUGUUAUAGACUCUAGACUAAAGCAUUUACACGUCAGCCAUACUGUGUCUAAAACAUUUUGUAAUUCCAUUUCGACCACUCUGCACUGACUGUAGCCACCUGCCUGUUUCUUAACACCGAUACGUACACCUCCCACUGUACUCCUGACAGCUGUAGUGCCCAUAUUUUGUACUUCACAUCGUGUUCGCCUCAAAGCCCGUUUUUCUGGCAUCAGAUCAGCUUUAGGACCUCCAGGUAAAACUGAUCUCAAUCGUGAAGCAUGAAGGGGAGAGUUUUGGAAGAUUUGACACUGAUUUUUAUGUUGCUCUAAUAUUUAUUUAUACGAAACACAUUACUGCUGUUGGUAUUCGUGAGUUGGUCGCGUCGAAUCUUCCUAGACAGUGCGAUUUCCCUGCGACAGAGACAUGAGAUGAGAAUCUCUGGAAGCAUUUAAUUAGAAGACGAGGUUACCGGAGGUGUGUAACCUGUGUAGUGUGAAUAACGUGUGAUGUUGUUAAUCGUAAAGCUAGAAGAAGAGAGGUCAGGCUUCCUGCCAGUAGUAUAUGUGUACGAAUUUUGCCAUGUAAAUACAUAUAAUUACACUAAAAGAAAGCGUUCUGGUUUUAGUAUCUUGCUAUGAUAAUGUGAAUACGUAUAGUAUUUGUACUUGUACUGUUCCCUUUUUUUCCAAAACAAUUCGAAGUCUAAAAGAAAAAAAGAAGUUCCCCCCCAGAGUUAGCUUAUACAGUGUAAUUACAAACCAGAGGGAGAACGCGGGGGGUUGUGUUGUCUUAAUGUGUAUGAAAACAAAUGUUUAUCUCUUUGAGACGGUUCUUUUUUAUCGACAGAAUCAGUGCUUGCUGUACUCACAUUUCUUUUGUAUGCUUCAAAAACAGCCUUCAUGGAGGUCAAAGAGUGGAUUUUUUUUUCAUUUGUAUCUUUUAUAUGUCAUAUCAUAUUUAUAUAGCUCAAUAGUGGAAAAAAAAAUUCAUGUCAUUUUCUUUUCCAUGGUUGUGGUCUGCUUGCUGAAAUGCCAUACACUUUUGUGCUGUUUCGAAAUAAAUGUGAAAAAGAGAGA